CCUUCUCAUCUCAGCCUCACCUUCGAACCAUUUGCUUCCAAGAAACUUCUCAAGAAUCCCACGCCAGGCACUGCCAUGGAUCUUUCCAUGGCUACCUGCCCGGAAGACUCCCUCCUGCUCCUCCUCCCGGCUACCACCCUGCUCCCACCCCUGCUCGCCGUGCUUCUCCUCGCCGCCUCCCUCCUGUGGCUCUCACCGGGCGGUCCGGCGUGGGCCUUGUCCCUCUGCCGUCGCCCGCCUCCAGGCCCACCAGGCGUGGUCACCGCGCUCUCCAGCCCCGUGGCGCACCGCGUCAUGGCGGCGCUGUCCCGCUCUGUCCAUGGCGGCGCGGCAUUGAUGUCCUUCUCCGUCGGCCUCACCCGCGUGGUCGUGUCGAGCCGGCAAGAUACGGCGCGUGAGAUACUCGUCAACCCGGCGUUCGGCGACCGCCCUGUGAAGGACGCGGCGCGCCACCUCCUCUUCCACCGCGCAAUGGGCUUCGCCCCGUCGGGCGACGCUCACUGGCGUGCCCUCCGCCGUCUCGCCGCGGCGCACCUCUUCGGCCCGCGCCGCGUGGCGGCCUCCGCACCCCAUCGCUCCUCUAUUGGGACGCGCAUGCUCGGCGACGUCGCCUCCCUCAUGGCCCGCCACGGCGAAGUCGCCCCUCGGCGGUUCCUGCACGCGGCGUCCCUAAACCACGUCAUGGCCGUCGUCUUCGGCAAGCGCUACGAUGACUUCACAAGCCAAGAAGGAGUCGUCGUGGAGGAGAUGGUAAACGAAGGGUACGACCUCCUCGGCAAGUUCAACUGGGCAGAUCACCUGCCAUUCCUCAAGUGGCUCGACCUCCAGGGCGUGCGACGCCGGUGCAACAGGUUAGUCCGGCAGGUGGAGGCGUAUGUCGGUAACAUCAUUCAGGAGCACAAAGCGAGGCGCGCCAGCGGAUCAGGCAUUGCGGAUGAGCUCUCCGGCGACUUCGUCGAUGUGCUCCUCGGCCUCGACGGAGAAGACAAGAUGUCAGAGUCCGACAUGAUCGCCGUUCUUUGGGAGAUGAUCUUUCGAGGGACGGACACGGUGGCGAUCUUGAUGGAGUGGAUCAUGGCCAGGAUGGUGCUGCACCCGGAGAUCCAGUCGAAGGCCCGGGCGGAGCUGGACGCCGUGGUGGGGCGGGGCAGGGCCGUGAUGGACGAGGACGUGGCGAGGCUCCCCUACAUCCAGUGCAUCGUCAAGGAGACGCUGCGCAUGCACCCGCCGGGCCCGCUCCUCUCGUGGGCGCGGCUGGCCGUGCACGACGCGCACGUCGGCGGCCACCUCGUCCCGGCCGGCACGACGGCGAUGGUGAACAUGUGGGCCAUCGCGCACGACGCGGCGGUGUGGCCCGAGCCGGAGCUGUUCCGGCCGGAGCGGUUCAUGGAGGAGGAGGUGAGCGUGCUGGGCAGCGACCUCCGCCUGGCCCCGUUCGGCGCCGGGCGGCGCGUGUGCCCCGGCAAGAUGCUGGCCCUCGCCACCGUCCACCUCUGGCUCGCCCAGCUGCUGCACCGGUUCGAGUGGGCUCCCGCGACCGCGGCCUCGGGGGGCGUCGACCUGUCAGAGCGCCUGAAGAUGUCGCUGGAGAUGGCCACGCCGCUGGUCUGCAGGGCCGUGGCUCGCUAGGGCCAGAGAGAGCUGCACCUGCAUGCUACCGCCGCCGUCUACGUUACCUAGCCUGUCGGCGGCGCCAGCGUUACUUGCUUUAUUGCCUAGUAUUUAUUGGCUAGCCGUUGGAGGCUAGCUUGCCAGGGUCUAGUAGCACUACUGCUUUUUGGUCAUCUCCAUGCAUGUACGGCUAGCUAGCUCCGUCUUUGCGCGGCCGAUCCGUUAGCCAUUGAAGGAAACUAUAGCUAGCCAUGGGUUACUCCUGCUCGAGGUCAGCGAGCAAUCGCGCAUGCUGUCUUGAUGGGGUAAUUUUGGUCUUCUAGAUGGAGAGUUAUUAGUGUGUUUUGUUUUUGUUCGGGAGAAACAUCUGGUGUCUGUGAGUGUGAGUUGUCAUGUCGAGUCGUAGUAGCGUGGUGCUUCAAGAAAAUUUGUAGUGAGAUUUUGAAUAUUUUUGAAUCCGUGAAACAUUUGUCCUGCA